UGUACGUGUUAUGUACGUUAUGGAAACAUGAACUACUACAUUAGUCAGUGGGCACAUGUGCGGCAAAACAUCGUAGUGACUUUUCACUCUGACCGCAUUUGUAGUCGUUUUCUAGUCAUUACGGUAAAAACGUAGGCUUGAGCGCGUGCGGCAGGUAUCAUAGCAACCACGCCAAACAGUGUGGAAGCUGAAGCCUGAGCAAUUUUAAAGAAACGCGAUCAUGUCAACACCGCGGGAACAAGAGGCAGCACAGUACCUCGAAAAUCACAAAAUCUUAGAACUAAUGAACAACUUAACCAGCAUGCUCAUCUAUCACAGACCAGAACACCCAAGGGAAUUCCUGGUUUCCCAACUUGAGCAACUGCAUGCUUCCAAGCUUCAGGCAGCUGAUAGUCCAUGUUUGUUUGAUGAUUCCAACCUGGAUGCAGUGUGUGGUAUCCUAGAUCCUACAAACCAAGGAUAUAUCUCUUACAACCUAUAUAGAGAGGCACUGAAGACAUUUGGAAUCGAACAUUUUAAUGAAUGUCCUGAGGGCCUUGGAAAUGACAGGAUAUCACAUGAGACAUUUAAAGAAGAGGCGAAGAAGUGUCUUAUGAAAAAUGCAGCAACUUUCCAGAUAACUGGAAAAGCUACAAUCCUUUAGACUGAACUCUGCCACAUACAGUAGAUGUUGGGAUCACAGCCCAAACCUGAUUUUCUAGUACAGGCCGAACAAAGUUCCUGUGCAUGACGUCAUAUCUUUUUGGGUUUCUGCUGGGUUUUUUUGGUUUGCCCCCACCUCCCAAAAUAUGCUAAAGUGUCCCUAUAGAUUUGAAAGAGUGUGUGUGCAUGGUCCCCUGUGAUUGAGUUUGGUCUCCUCAAGGGUGUAUUCCUGCCGCUGUCCCAGAGUUCCCAUGAUGGAAGAUAAGGAUCCACCACCCCCCACCACCCAAAUACUUUUUUGUUAUAUUUUUAUUAUGUAUUUCAAUAAACAUGAAUUCUGUUCACUACUGA